AUGACGCCCACAAAACGACCCCGUGCUAUAGGAGAUGAGGAGGCCGCAGUUGCGCCCAUAUCCGAGUACGAUGAGCAGCCUCCUCCAAAGAAGGCAAAGAACGAGACCAAUGCCUCUGCCCGUCGCACGCUUUUCGUGCGAUCACUCCCCGCCGUAGCUACCAGCGAUGCCUUGACCGAAUUAUUCUCACAGAACUACCCUCUCAAACACGCCACUGUGGUAAUGGAUACGGAGACAAAGCAAUCUAAAGGAUACGGAUUUGUCACUUUUGCAGAUGCGGAGGACGCACAACGGGCGGUGGAAGAGUUCAAUGGGCAGUCUUUUAUGGGCCGAAAAAUGCGAAUUGAAGUUGCCCAACCCAGAUCCCGAGACGUCGCAUCUAAGGGAACGGAUGCAAAGCCAAAGAGUGUCAUUGCUGCAGACGCAGCUGCGUUCAAGAAAGCUCGCGAGGAGAAGAUGGCAGAAGUUCGCAAGUCUCCUAAGCUGAUUAUUCGGAAUCUCCCUUGGAGUAUCAAAACUACAGAACAAUUGGCAGAGCUCUUUCGAAAGUUUGGCAAAGUCAAGAUAUCAACACUUCCAAAAGUCAAGGAUACGCAGGCAGGCUUUGGGUUCGUUGUUAUGCGGGGCAAGAAAAAUGCUGAAAAGGCACUUCAGGCAAUCAAUGGUAUAACUGUCGAUGGAAGAAAGCUAGCUGUGGAUUGGGCUGUGGAGAAGGAACAGUGGGAAAAACAAAAGGCAGCUGAUUCUGAGGAUGAAGACGACAACGAAGAGGCUAGCGAUGAUGAAGAUAAUGAUGGAGGAGCGAAGGUUGAAAAGGAUAAAACCACCAAUGUUGAAGACGACGUGGCAAAUUUCUUGAAGAAUUUUGGAGAAAAUCUCGAAUCGGAGGACGAGAACGACGAUAAGCCCAAAGAGGACUACGACGAGGAGGACGAGGAUGAUGAAGAAGACAGUGAAGAUGAUGAUACCGAUGAUUCAGAUGAACUGGAGACCGAGGACGAAGCACCAAAGAGACCAGAAAAAGUUAUGAUCACAGAUAAUUCUUCUACACUUUUCGUGCGCAACCUGCCUUUUACUACAAUGGAUCCAGAUCUGAAAGAGCACUUCAAUCAAUUUGGUCCUGUACGAUAUGCUAGGGUUGUGAUGGACCGUGCUACCGACCGCCCUAGAGGCACGGGAUUCGUAUGCUUCUUCAAGGUUGAGGAUGCAGAUGCAUGUUUCCGUGGGGCACCAAAAUACCAACCAAGUGGUGCCAACGCAACCAAGAAAGGAGACGCCGUCGCGCCAAAAAUCAAGCACUCGGUUCUUGAAAGCGAAACUGCCGAUUCUAAUGGACUCUACACAAUCGAAGGCCGAGUCCUUCAAAUAUCAAGAGCUGUUGACCGGGACUCAGCUGUGAAGUUGACUGAGGAGGGCACAAACUUCCGAACUGACAGGGACAAAGAUAAGCGAAAGUUGUAUCUUUUAUCAGAAGGCACUGUCGCAAAAGGCACCGCAUUGUACGAUGCACUUGCUCCAUCCGAGGUUAAAAUGAGAGAAGAUAGUGCCAUGCAACGGAAGAAACUUAUUCAAAAUAAUCCAACUCUACACCUAAGUCUAACACGGCUUUCAAUACGUAAUCUUCCCCGGAACAUCGAUUCUAAGGCACUCAAAGCACUCGCCAGAGAAGCCGUUGUUGGCUUUGCCAAAGAUGUCAAGUCCGGCCUUCGUGCGCAACUUUCUAAGGAAGAAGAAGCACGUGGGGGUGAUGAGAUGCGCGAGGCAGAGAAGCAGAGAAAAUCAAAGGGCAAGGGUAUCGUUCGUCAGGCGAAAAUCGUUUUCGAAGGCCGAGAGGGUGCAAAAGUUAGCGAAGAGAGUGGCGCUGGUCGAAGUCGUGGUUAUGGAUUUGUUGAGUAUAGUUCACAUCGAUGGGCGUUGAUGGGUUUGAGAUGGUUGAAUGGACAUGCACUUGAAAGUGGAAGUGGGAAGAAGCAACGCUUGAUUGUCGAAUUCGCUAUCGAGAACGCACAAGUUGUGUCACGAAGAAAGGAACGAGAAGAAAAGGCUAGAACUCGAUCGAAGGAAGUUGUCGAGCUUCGAGAAAAGGGGGAAGCCCCACCGAAGGAAAAGAAGGUCUUGCGCAAAGAUACAAUCAUGGCAAAGACCCGUAAAGGAAUGGUUGGGAAGCAAGGCCGUGGUCCGCUCGCUCCUGUAAAACCCGAAAAAUCUUUUGAUCGGGUUCCUCAUAACCCAAAAUCACCUGGUGGUAAAGGCCAAGAAACGACUGCGGGUGGACGGAAUAAGAAGCCUGUUGCACCUGCCAAGUCAGGUUCACCACCAGGUGAUGACGGACGUAUGGCAAAACGGGCGCAAAUCAUUCAAAAGAAGCGUAUGGCACGGAGACAGCGAAAAGGAUGA